AUGGAGAGGCACCUCAGAAACCAAAGGCGCGUCAUCCCCGACAGGAAGGAAUUCUACACAAGACUGCAAGCAGAUGGAGAGUCGUUCGACAACUACAUGAUGGUGCUAAAGGAACUGGCGGAAUUCUGCGACUUCUGUGCCCACUGUAUGGACGACAGACUCAAGGACAGGAUCGUAACCGGCAUCUGGCUCUGCAAGCGGGCCAGACGGAGCAACACGUGGUCAGACUACGGAGAACGACAGACGUCCGGCAACCUCCACGUGAACGACGUGCGCGUUCAAGGCGUGACCGUGAAGAAGACGCCGCAAGUAUCUGUCCUGAAACCAGACGACGGGGACCCGACGCCAGCCCAGAAGAACCUGCACCUGGAAACACUGAAGAAGGCGUUCCCGAGAGUGUUCAGCACCCAGCCACCGCUGAGGGAGAUGUCAGGUGGUCCAAUGCGGAUCGAUCUACGGCCAGACGCUCGUCCGUAUGCUGAGACAGCCGCCAGACACAUCCCGCAUGCAUGGCGAGACGACAUCAAGCAUCAGGUGGACGAUCUGAUCGCGCAAGACGUCAUCACGCCCGUAGCACACCCGACUGAGUGGUGUCACCCGAUGGUCCAAGUGCCGAAGCCGCCCACGGACCGAAGCCACGGCAAGACCUACUUCAAACGCGCCGUCAUGGGCCUCUGCACGUCUGGAGACGAGUAUGGACGGUUUGGAGACGCAGCACUGGCGGGCCUGCCGAAGACGAACAAGGUAGUCGACGACAUCCUGGCCUACCGUGACGACUACUCGACCCACCUUCUGCACGUGACCCAGAUUCUUCAGCGAUGCGACAGCCAUGGCAUCACCCUGAACCCGGCGAAGAGGACACUCGCCGUUCAGACGCUGGACUUCUGCGGCUACGUUAUCAGUCCUGACGGCUACACAGCAGACCAGCGGAAGGUGCGGGCUAUCGCUGACUUCCCCGUUCCAGAGAACCUCACAGACUUAAGGAGCUUUAUGGGACUGGUCAACCAGCUCGGGGCGUUCUCGACGGACACAGCGAGGACAGCCAAGCCUCUACGCGACCUGCUGAGGCCCCGGAACCAGUAG